CUCUCGGGCAAAGAUAUGAAAGAAUUCAUGGAGAAGUCGUUAACACAAAUGUGCCAACAGCUUACCAAUGUUGUCGACGAUCGGUUUGCUCACUUGAAGAGAGAAUUGUCUGCUGAUAAUUCAGCGACGCUAGACGCCUUUGCGAACAAGAAGGCUCGCUUAGAGAAACCUCGAUUUAAGUUAAAGGGCAAUGAGCAGCAAUAUAAUCACCAGCUUGGUGUGCUGGACACAGUGGAAAGUGCUACCACAGCUCUCGAGCAUCAAGACAUCCAUAAAGCUAUCAGUUUCCUACAAGAAGGUAAAGUAGCCAUACUGUAGUAGCAAGAAUGAAGCUUAUCAAAUUAGCUGAUACGAGCGACCAUGGUUGGCAAACCGUAGCUGAAUAUAUGACUAACGAGCUAGCCGAUAACUCAGAUGACGAGAAACGGAUCGACCGCGCAGAGAAAACUGCUGAAAAGAAGCCGAAGAAGGCCAAGGCAUCCAAAACAUCAAAGUCUCGGCCGUUUCCUGGCUAUCCAAACCGCAUCCCAUAUCGUAAUUCUAUGCCCUCACGUCGACCAGUGUUCCCUGACCACAAUGGUCCACGCGGGAAUGCAAUUGGGCCUUGUUAUAAGUUAAGUGGUACAUCCAUGUAUAUAGCAUUGUGUUUUGCUUUAGAGUCACAACACUAUAGGUCGACAGCCGUCAUACGACUGCUUUGUUCUUACCUCGAGCGUUUAAGCAGCAAUAAACACAAAGUGCUUCAAGCAACAUGUUGCUGUACGUGUGUGUGUUUAUUCGAUAUAAUUAUAUUAGAUGUUUUAACUAUCUGCGUUACGCAAUUAAGCAGAUAAUUUAUAUAUAUCUAAUGGUUUGAUAUUCAGAAUAAUGUUCUGCUAUGAAUACAUAACUAUGUUACAUUGUUAUGCAAUAGUAUAAAAGGCGUAUACAAGACUUGAUUAUUCCUCACUGCUUACACGUUCUUCAGUCAAACUGAAUUUCUAUUUAUUAUAUUAAUGUUGAUGGUCAUAUAUGUUAUUCUAUUAUUUACAGUGUUUACAGUAGAAGUUGCAUGAUCUGCAGUGUGAGGAGGAAGAUCAGGUUGGAUUAUUCCUUUUUAGUUCUAAUAGUGACGAUGUGCAUGGAGUUUUUGUAGUGAUAGUGUGCGUGGGGGGCUUUACAGGUGUUCAAAUUACUGGCGUGAUACACUUAACGCCUCCCAGUUUGUGCAAAGUAUAGUGCAGGACGGUUAUAAGAUUCCAUUUCGGUCCAUUACAGAGACCAGUUUUUUAGCUAACAAUAAAUCUGCCAGGGAUCAUCCUGACUUUGUCUCAGAAGCAAUUGUUAAAUUACUGAAAGGUCGAUACAUUGAGGAGCAAUCAGAACCACCCUAUUGCGUUAAUCCUUUGUCUGUUGCUAAAGGAAAGAAAUUACGUUUAGUUCUUGAUCUCCGCAACAUUAACGGGCAUUUGCUCAAGCAAUCAUUUCCAUAUGAGGAUCUUCGAUCAUUAUCUCAAUUAUUUGAACAGAACUUUUGGUUUUUCACAUGGGAUCUUAAAUCCGGUUAUCAUCAUGUUGAUAUUUAUGUCGCACCCAGAAAAUUUCUAGGAUUUUCGUGGAAUUUUAACGGGAAGUUGAGAUAUUUUAUUUUCUGUGUUUUACCUUUUGGCCUAAGUUCAGCUUGUUAUUGUUUUACCAAAUUACUUAGGCCGUUAGUGAAACGAUGGCGUAUGAUGUCCUACGCCUCUUUUGUCUAUUUAGACGACGGUAUUUCCGGUCAUAAACGUCGUAUUGAUGCUUCUGCGGCCAGUAUUAUUCAAAAGAAAGAUUUAUCGUGUUCCGGUCUUAAAACGAAUGAGGAAAAAUGUCAUUGGGAGCCCAUGCAAAUCGGAGAAUGGCUUGGUAUGAUUAUUAACGCCAUCAAUUUUGAAUUCGAAAUUCCGCCUCGGAAAAUCGAGAAAGUUAAGAAAAACAUUCAGUACAUUUUGUCUUCCAAUCACGUUUCAUAUCGAGAACUGGCAAAAAUCGCCGGUUUCAUCAAUUCAUUGUAUUUAGCUGUCGGUCCACCUGUGAGGCUUUUUUCGCGGCAACUCUUUUUCAUAAUUUCUCAGAGAGAUUCAUGGGCAGGGCAUUUGGAUAGCGUCCCACAUCUUUUUGAUGGAGGAAUUGAGAUUUUGGUUAGACAAUUUACGUUAUCUAAACGGGUAUAACAUUCGGCCAAAAGUGUCUUUAGAACCUUUAACAAUCCACACUGACGCUAGUGAGUAGUGGCGUUGGUUAUGGUGGUUAUUUUACCUCGUUGAGGGAUGUAAAUAUACACGGACAUUGGUCCGUUGAGCAAAGUGGUAAGAGUUCCACGUUCCGGGAGUUAUCGGCUAUCCUACUAGUUUUGAAAACUUCUGUGCAACGUUUACAGCAUAAAAAGGUGAAAAUAUUUUCAGAUAGCCAGAGCGCCUGUCGCAUCGUUCAAGUCGGGAGUAGAAUUUUCGAACUCCAAAAUAUUGCAGUAGACAUUUUCAACAUUUGUUUCAUUAACGACAUUAUGAUUGAAACACAAUGGAUUCCUCGAGCAGAAAACAGGACUGCCGAUGUAUUAAGCAAAACCAUUGAUUUAGAUGAUUGGAAGUUACACCCAGAAUUAUUUGUUAUGCUUCAUAGAGCAUGGGGUCCUUUUACUAUUGAUAGGUUCGCCGCUAAUUACAAUACACAAUUACAAAGAUUCAAUUCACGAUUUUGGUGUCCUGAAACAGAGGCUGUUGACGCAUUUACUAAAAAUUGGUCAAACGAAGCGAACUGGGUCUGUUCGCCAGUGGCUUUAAUCAUUCCCGUCAUUAGACACAUGUCCGUGUGUAAGGCCAAAGGUACCUUUAUAGUUCCUCGUUGGCCGUCCGCUAUUUUUUGGCCAGCCAUUAAAACCAAACCUGGAAAGUUUGCUCCAUUUGUUAAGGACAGUUUAGUUUUACUAAAAAAAAAAAAUAGCACAGAUGUGCAUUCCUGGUGAAGGGCAAUUGAUAGCCUAUCAAAAGAAACCGUCCGUUUUUACGGGAACACCAAGUUUUGACUUACUGGCUUUACGGGUAGAGUUUUAAAGCAUGAUGAUUAGGCUUGGUCUUUAGCACCGUGUCUUUUUGACAAAUUGUGGCGUUUCAAAGCAUUUUAUUUAUUUUUUAUCCUCAUGUCUUUUCGACUGAUUCGCUCCAUUUCUGGUGUGAUUGUUCUGUUUAAUAGCACUUUGCUACAGUAUUUGGUUUAUUUGCUGAUAACGCAACUAAUGUGUUGAUUUUCAAACACUUCAAGUUUGCAUUUUUUCAGGGGUUUUGGCCACCAAAUUUUGGUUACAAAGUCAUCUCAUCGGUCAUUCGACCUGUUCAUGUAAAAAUUAAAUUUUACAUUUGCCUUUUAACGGCUAGAUACAUUUUCGUAAAAAAAAAAUAAUUUUUAUUUAAUUAAUGCAGUCUUUUAGUGCUGUCAUAUCGUCGUGUGACGAAUGUAGUCUUCGAAGUUUAUAUUCUAUUAUGAUUUACUUAUUUCUAUUUAGAUGAGUUUAAAAUUGGAGUGUGGGAGGAUUUCUCCAAAAUACAGGAUCCUUCGCUUGUAUCGUUGGCUUCCUCGCUUUCUCGGGUUGUGUUAAAUGCAAAGGAUCGAAAUACGACAGUCCGCUAUGCUUACGGAUGGAACAGAUGGAAGAUCUGGUCCAUGUCUAAGAUUGGUGUUUGGUACCUUCCUGCUCAGCCUAUGUUCGUGGCGUUAUAUCUGCGUCAAUUCCUAGAUUCCGCCAAGACAACUUCACCUGUGGAUACUGCUGUGUAUAGCAUUCGUUGGGGGCAUAUUUUGGCCGCUUACCCUACCCGACAGAGCAACCGUUGGUUCAAUCUACCUACGAAGGCUGCCGACGAAUUCUCUCUCGACCAAGAGAACCUAACGAUCCUGUCCCACCUUACAUGUUAG